CAGUCGCAGCCUCAUGGAGAGGAAUGGAGAAGCAGAAGUACGGUGUCAGCCCCGAGAACAUCAUUCUCUACGGCCAGAGCAUUGGGACCGUUCCCACCGUAGACUUGGCCUCGCGGUAUGAGUGUGCAGCAGUAAUCCUCCACUCCCCACUCAUGUCUGGCUUGCGCGUGGCUUUUCCAGACACCAGGAAAACAUACUGCUUUGAUGCCUUUCCCAGCAUUGACAAGAUAUCGAAGGUCACCUCUCCCGUGCUGGUCAUUCACGGCACCGAGGACGAGGUCAUCGACUUCUCCCACGGCCUUGCUAUGUACGAGCGCUGUCCUCGAGCCGUGGAGCCCCUGUGGGUGGAAGGCGCUGGCCAUAAUGACAUAGAGCUCUAUGCACAGUAUCUAGAGAGACUAAAACAAUUCAUAUCUCACGAACUCCCUAACUCCUGAAGACAGCUGCUGCUUUACCUCAUUUGCCGUGAACAGAAGCACCCUCCGUGUUAUACACGCUUUCACUGGAUAGCUGUAACAACCCAGUCACCAUGAAGAAGUGCCAGCCUUCGGGGUGCUCUGCUUGACGUCUUUUGUAUCUAGAGUUGUUCUAAUUCCCGCCACCCAUUAAUUGAGCAGUGGUUCCCAGCGUCAUUGCCUGCAGAGGAACUGAGAACUAUAGCGGACGGUGGGGCCGUCUUCCAGAGCUGUAGAAAGUGUGUUCCGUUCUGUUUCUCACCUCGCCAUCUUCUCUGAUUUACUGACGUAGGACCCGCCCUCCCUCCACCAGUGUUCCCGGUAUUUGACCUCAGUUUUUUCUCAGCCUCGGGGUUCCGGGGUCAGUCCAUUUGUGAGCUGUGCUAGUGUAACUGGAAGACUCCUGUGAGGAGUUCCUUAUUUGGGUUAACAUGCUGUUUUCUUCCCAAACAGAUGACUCAAAGAGUAAUUUACUGUAACUAUCACGAGCAGCCUCCCCAACUGCAACCAUAUAAAUAAAACUGGAAUAUUCUUACACAAAAGGAACUGGGGGUUUUUUAAGUGUAAAUUUAUUACUAGCCAACAGAGUUUUAAUAUUUUGAUUGUUGGGUCAGUCUAACAGAGCCUGGCUGACUUUCCUACUGUAAAGCCCUCCUUGUAGGCUUUUUUAAACUACUGUACAUAUUUGCAAUUACAUUGUGCAUAGAUUCUUAAUGGGGAGUUUUCUUUUGUCAGGCUACAAUGAUGAACUACAGAUUCCUUGUUUGUAAUGUAAAUGAUUGAAUACAUUUUGUUAAUAUGUUUUUAUUCCUAUGUUUUGCUAUUAAAAUUUUUAUAACAUUUCCAAGACAAAAAUUCCAAGUUUAUGCUUUGAAGAAUUUAUGUAAUUAAAAUUUCACUAAUCUGUUUAGGAGUUACUUGGGUUUGGCACUGGAAUUGCGCCAAAUAAGCAUCGGAAAUGUAAGAUUCUUAAAAUUGCUACACUGCUUGUGUUGGUUGGGGAUCUGGGGGGAGUCCUUUGGUUUAAUUUCUUUUCAAAUUUAAAAGCCUUAACUGUACUGUAAACCUCAGAUUGUUGUGCACCCGGAUUGCGGCUGAGGCCAGUUUGUGUGCUGUUGCUUGAAUGCAGCACAGUGGUGGGCAAUGGAAUAAAGGACGCAUGGAGCAGA